AUGGCACCUGCCGCGCCUCGGUUGCGAAUACUCUCAGGUGGGUGGAAUGUCCCGCUAUCGGAAGUGGGCUGGAUAAGAUUUUGCUAACAAACUGCCAGUGGGUUCUAAUCCCGUAUCUGCCUUUCUCUCCUGGAGGUUACAAGCCACGCACGCCUGCGAUGUCACACUAGUAUGGAAGUCGGGGUUUGAUUCUGUGUCCCAAUACGGGAUUUCCUUCAAGUUUGUUUGCUUACUUUCUGGUGAGGGAGAUGUUUGUACGGCUCGCUGACGCUUUCCCAGAUCAAACAAGUACGGCAAUGAGAGGUUCAAACUGCAUUCUGGUGGGCACAGACCUUGAACCCUUCGAUUGAUGGCCGGGUGCUGAUUCUUUAAACCAGUUGUCCGGACUCCCGAGGAGGCUGCUACCUCGCCAGCGGGGUUUGACUAUGUUAUAUUGUGUGUCAAAGCGUUGCCGGACGUCUACGACCUAGGAAGCAUAAUCGAGUCCGUUGUCGUGCCGCGAGACACUUGCAUAGUUGUCAAUACCACAUCCUGUUUGGGAGUAGAGGCUUAUCUGGAGUCCCGCUAUCCUACAAACAUCGUGCUAUCGCUUGUGGCUGGUGCGAAUAUCAACCAACUUGGCCCGAGCGAGUUUGAGCACGUGGAUAGUUCCGAGAUCUGGUUGGGCUCGACAAGCCAGAAUGCGAGCAUUCCCAUGCCCAUCCAAAUGGAUAUGGCGGAAGCCCUGGCGUUGACUCUUGCCUCCGGUCAAGUGGAUUGCCAUGUCUCCACAAAUAUCAGACAGGAGCAGUGGGAAAGAAUGAUAGGGUAAGCUCUCGGGGCACUGUACCCCCCCCCCCCCCCCCCCCCGAAGAGACCUUGCUAACAGAUGAAUAGACCAAUAGCAUUCCAACCGCUAAGCGUAUUGCUGGAAACACCGGUUCACAGCCAACUGAUGGAGAAGACUGGUGCCAAGAAGCUAAUUUCGGAUAUAAUCGAUGAGCUCAUGGAGAUUGCGAAAGCACAAGAAUGCUCUUUUCCGCAGGAUUUCAAACAACGCACAAUGGACACUCAAUUGCAGGCAGCGCAACAGUCAAUGUUCUAUCAAGAUUUUGCUGCUCGAAGGCCGAUGGAGAUUGAGUCGUAUCUGGGCUCGCCGAUCAAAUUUGCACAACUGGUAGGCGUGAAGGCUAGUUGCUGUCAGUCACUAUAUACAAUGCUUCACCAUGCACAGACGGUUGCCCAAUCGAAACCCCCCGUAUCACCAACGGCAUCAAUUACACAGCCUGCACCGAGGCAAAUGCGCGGUCCUCCAGGGCCUCCACCUGGUCAACAGCCGAAUGGAGCAAUGCUGAACAAUCGCCGACCUCCGCCACCUAGAGGCGGCCCUGGGCCUGACCACCAUAUGGGGGUUAGGCGCGGACCCCCGCCUCCUUCUCAGUUCAACGGCCCGCCCCCCAAUGGCCCACCAAACGGCCUACAUCCCAAUGGCUAUCCUCGAAGGAAUGGGUCGUACUCGCCGAGGCCGCCCUCCGCAACACCCCCCCGAAGGAACUCUAUGGAUGGGGAGGUAUUGUUGGAGGAGUUUGGGCACAUCGCCUUGUAUGGAGAUAUGGUGGGCGAUGAAAUGAGUAAUGCAUAUGCUGGGAGCAUUGGGGGAGGGUACAAUGGAGGCGACAUUGCUCUUCGGGAACGGGAGUUGGCGUUGAGGCAGCGAGAACUGGCCUUAAGGGAGCAGGAGCUUGGGCUUCGGCAGAUGGGCAAGCACGGGCGGAAAAAGAGCCGCUCAAGGAGCGUAUAUGACGAUGAUGGUGACGACGACGAUAUGUACGUCGAAGCACCACCACCAAUGCCUCCUAUUGACCCAGACAAUUUUGACAUGAUGAGCGUUACUUCGCGACGAACCAGAAGACUGCCUAGCGUGAGCAAUCUCAAAGGACAUGAUGCAGAAGUUACGAUGCCACCAGGACGUGCUCGGCAUCCGAUGGUCCCUCAUAGGCCUGGCCCUAGAAGCAGGGUCAGUUCGAGGCUUAUGAACGAUAUUCCGAGCCUGAACGAGCCUAUCACGAGCAAUCCCUUGAUUGGCUAUUCGUCGGAUCGAUAUGGUCACGUGGAUCGGAAAAUGUUAUCUGAUAAUUCACGGGCGAAUUCCUUGACAACCCAACGCGAAGAUUUACGUGAUAUUCCGGGUUUGAGGGGUGGCCCUUAUCCGCCAAUGGCCUCGCCGCAACAGCCGGUCCGCCGAACAGCCAUGGCACCCGGCGGGCUGCCUGGGGCACCUAAUGGUCAUGGGCCUCGACCCGGAUACCCCCAAGACCAGCGGGGUUAUAGGGGCCCCCCGAAUGGUCACCCCCCGAAUGGUCACCCCCCGAAUGGUUAUGGACCUAACGGUUAUCAACAAAAUGGUUCCAUUCCGAAUGGUCCGAUGAGGCAAUCUGCUCCAAGAUAUCUCGAAGGUCAAGGACUGCUGCAUCAGGUUGAACAGGUCUCUAACGGGGUAAGCCAAAUCAAUCCGUUGAAAGGUCCGCCAAGUAACCGCGAUCGAAGUACGACGGGUAGUGCCAGCGCUAGUCCGAGUAACGACAGCGGCAGCAGUGGCGCUGAACAUUCAGCCUCCAGCAGUUCGAGUAGCCUUGAGCGAAGGGUAGAAGCGACGGUUCGAUAG